AUGAGUACCCCUUUGUUUUUCCUGUUUUUCGAAGCAGUAAUUACAUUGACAGUGAACGAAAAGCGUGAAUGGAAUUGGUUUUGCCCGUCAGUAUUCCUAUAUUUGGCAAGUAUAGUGCCUGCGAUUUGGUUGCUAGAGCUGGAUAAAGUCGACAGGAGAUUGAAAGUAAGGGAAGAAUUAGAUUUCAAUUUAACUACAGGCGGUCAGCUGAAGGAUAUCAACAGUCUCAUAGGGGUUGAAAUUAAAUUACCAGAAAUCGCGUUGAGCACAGAAACAUGGAUAACUUUAAUAGAGCAGUUUCUAAUGUUAAUUUUAAUAAUUGGAAGAUGGAUGCUGCCAAAAGGUGACCUCACUAGGGAUCAACUGAGCCAACUGUUACUCGUCUAUAUCGGCACUGCCGCUGAUAUAAUAGAAUUCUUCGAUUCCUUCAAAGAUGAUAAGAUUGCUGCCGAACCUAUCUUGGUUCUUUUAACGUUAGCUAUCUGGUCCUGGAGUCUCAUGCAAUUCACUGUGGUUUUGACUGCGACUAAAUCUAGAAAAUCUCGCCUUACCACAGCAGGAUCAACCAUCAAAAGAUCUGAAAGCUGUUGUACUAUAGACGUCUGGGGCAUAGCCCUCAACAUCACCCUCCAAGACGCACCUUUCCUAGCUUUUCGACUCCUCCUCAUCACCCACUUCCAAAUAAUCUCCUACAUGAAUGUGUUCUUUACCUGCAAGAAUACUUUGGUGAUCCUCCUCCAGAUAUACCGGCUGUACGUGGUCUACAGCGAGCACCAUAAGAAGCAGUCGAAGGAGGAUUUUGAACUGACAAAUAUUUCCAUUAUAUCCAGAGCUGAUAUGUACGACAACAGAAGGAAAGCAAAGAAGAAUAAAAAGGAUGCGAGGAGCAAGAGAAGUUCCAGUAGGCAGUCCGCGAGGUCGGAGGACUUUAGCGAAAAUGACGGUAGCGACGAUGAUGACAAUGUCAAUAGAAGAAAUAGGAAAGUAAAGAAUUCACGGAAAGACACCGGCUAUUCCACAGCUAGUUCCCACACCAGCAUAAGAAACAACCUCCAGAAAUCUCAGUCCAAACGGUCCACGAGAAGCAGUCGCGAAUCCGCCGAUCCCGACGAGACCAGGCAGAUGUUCAAGCAGAAGCUAAAACGCACCGACAGAGACACGAGAGGAAGACGAAAGCUGGAGGACGCUCUGUCUGAGGAGAGCGAGAGCGACGUGACCUUCCUGGAGGAAGAACCCAAAAGGGACAAAACCAAGAGGGGCCGCAGCAAAGACAAGCAAUACCGGAAAGAGACCACAGUGUCCAUGACCACGAGUGACCCGUCAUCCGACUGACGUCAUCAAUUAGCCAUAAUGGCUAUUUUCUGCUUGUACUUAUUUAUUUUUAUAUGUUGCAUGUUUUUUAUAUACUGUGGUAUCAAUACUGAGGGCCUCAUCAUUGCUAAGGUCAAUAAGAAGAACAAAACCUCCUACUAGGCAUAG